AUGGGUAAGCUUCAGAGUGAGGCCGUUAGAGAAGCCAUAACUAUAAUCAGAGGAAAAUCCGAAGAGAAGAAACGCAACUUUGUGGAAACGCUCGAGCUCCAGAUUGGUCUCAAGAAUUACGACCCACAAAAGGACAAACGUUUCAGUGGUUCCGUCAAACUACCUCACAUUCCCCGUCCCAAGAUGAAGAUCUGCAUGCUCGGAGACGCCCAGCACGUCGAGGAGGCUGAGAAAAUGGGGCUAGACUCUAUGGAUGUGGAGUCUCUCAAAAAGCUUAACAAGAACAAGAAGCUCGUCAAAAAGCUUGCCAAGAAGUACCAUGCUUUCUUGGCCUCUGAAUCCGUCAUUAAACAGAUUCCUCGUCUUCUUGGUCCUGGUCUCAACAAGGCAGGCAAGUUCCCAACGCUUGUGAGUCACCAGGAGUCGCUGGAGGGGAAGGUGAAUGAAACUAAGGCUACAGUUAAGUUUCAGCUGAAGAAGGUUCUCUGUAUGGGUGUUGCUGUUGGUAACCUUUCCAUGGAAGAGAAGCAUAUCUUUCAGAAUGUUCAGAUGAGUGUUAACUUCCUCGUCUCUCUCUUGAAGAAAAACUGGCAAAACGUGAGGUGUUUGUAUCUCAAGAGCACAAUGGGACCACCACAGAGAAUCUUCUGA